GUGAUUCUGUCUCCUGUUUUGGGUGUUUUAAAAUGGAUCUGACUUGGUCAAUUCCUUCUUAAUCUGAUCUUGUUAUUGAUUUGUAAGGACAAGAUUAUUUUUGAAAAUUUCUGUAGGAUUGGUGUGAUUAGUGUGUCAUUUCAUUUCUGUUCAUUAAUUUCUUUCCAUUACAACUGAACAAGGACUAUGGGUGGUGAUAAAUCAACAAAUGCACAUCCUCUGACACGCCCUGUUCUGGGCGAUGUAAGUAAUCGCUUAGGGAAGAAAGGGUUGUUAAUAAUUCACAGCCAGCCAGGACGUAAAUUCAGAGAUGGAGUCGGUCACAACAAUGUUGAUGACAAGAACAAUGAUUUGCAUUUUGUCAACAAAUUGUGUCAAAAUGUGGAGGAUGUAGUUAAAGAGAGAUGUGGAUUCAAGCGCAAUAUAGAUCACAAUAACAAAGGUAAAAGGGCUUGUAUUGCAACACCCAUUUCCAUUGAGAAACCAGAAAUCUCAAAAUUACCAUUUGUGGCCAAAGAAGGUUUUACUGACAACUUGGUUUUGAGUCAAGAAGGAUCAGUUGGAUUCCCUAUAAUACCAACUUCACAAGAUUCAAACACUCCUGCACUUGAAAGAUGCACUCUGGUUAAUGAGAAAUGCUUGGUCCUGCAGCCAAAUAUUGACAUGUUUAGAACUUGCUCUUGUUCAUUUUGUGUUAAAGCUGCUUAUAUUUGGUCGGACCUUAUGUAUAUGGAUGUUAAAGGUCGGAUCUCAGCCAUACAAAAGAGUCAGAAAGAAGCAGCAAACAUCUUGGCUAAGAGAAACCGCACUAAUACUAAGGGAAGUGAUAUUCUACAUGGUUCAAAAAGUUCUGUUAAAUGUUCAAAGUUGGAAUCUGAUCUCACAGGCCAAUGGAGGUCCCUUUUUCACUCCAUGGAGAAAUCACUAGCUUCUGAAUCCAACCAACUUGAAAGUAGUCUGGUGGAAUUUAAGGAUUUGAGAGAAGAUUGCAAGACAAAUUUGAAGGAGAUUAUUAAUGCAAUACCUGUGAGAAAACAAUAGGGUACUACUUGUAAGAUGCUUUGUGGGUUAUGGUAAAAUUGAUGUUUUACAUUUAAAAUGUCUUAUUUUAUUUCUUUAUGGUAACAUUUGUAUGCUUUAUGGUACUAUUAUGGGUUCAAGUUUGGUAAUAGAGUUUUGGGUUUGAAUCUGAAUUGUGUAAUAUGUGGUGUGUUUGGUUUAA